AUGGCACAUGGACAUCUUGCACGCAUAUCCAUCAUGCUGUGGAUCGUGUUUUCCACUGCUGCUGCUGCUCUAGACGCAAGCAGGAGCAACGGCAGCAACUCCGACCACGCUGCUCUGCUGGCUUUCAAGGGGCAGGUCGCCGAUCCUCUCGGCAUCCUCGCAAGAAACUGGACCGCUGCCACCUCCUUCUGCGUCUGGGUGGGCAUCACAUGCAGCCACCGUCGUCGGCAGCGCGUUGUUGGUGUAAGCCAGCUGCACAAUGAAGUCUUGGAGGCUGCUCGUGAUGCUGGUGAAGCGGGAGAAGCAGCGUGUUUGAAUUCAAGAUGCAGCGGGAACGGUUACUGGAGCCGGCGCGCCACUAAUCACGCACAAACACUCAAGAAAUCCAUACCAUGGGCGACCGGAGUGGCGGCGCAGGCGGCGGCGGCGAUCAUGGAGGAUCAGGGAGUGUGGGAGGUCGUGGAACCGCCUGCGGAGGCGUCGGAGCAGGCAGCGACGGCGGCAGAGGCGGCGAAGGCAAAGGCAAAGGAUAGGAAGGCGAAAGCUCACUUGCUGCAAUGUCUCCCCGAUGAUUUGCUGAUGCAAGUGGCGACCAAGAAGACUGGAAAGGAGGUGUGGGAAUCACUGAAGGCGAGGUUUGUUGGUGCGGAGCGAGUGAGGGAAGCGCGGUUGCAGACCCUGAAGAGCGAGUUCGACGCUUUGCGGAUGAAGGAAGAUGAGCAGCUUGAUCAGUAUGUGGGAAAACUGACGGGUAUGUCAGUCAAGUAUGGUAACCUUGGUGGUACAUUGGGAGAUGCAGCACUGGUGAAGAAACUUUUUGACACCGUGCCCGAUCGAUACCUCAAUGUGAUCGCGGGGGUCGAGCAGUUCUAUGAUCUGUCCAAGAUGGCGUUCGAUGAUGCAGUUGGUCGAUUGAAGGCGUUUGAUGAGCGUACCAGGCGAGGAGCCGGUGGUGCGCGUUCUGACAAUGGGCAGUUGUUGCUCACACAGUCAGAAUGGGAGGCGCGCCAGAAGAGAUCGACGGGAGAAGGGUCUGGAGGCGGGAGGUCUCAUGAUGGAGGCAGUCGUGGCCGGGGAAGAGGUCGUGGCGGCGGACGUGGUGGCCGUGGAGGACAAGGUGAAGCAGCCAAGGAUGGCGGAAGCAAACGUGACAAGAGUCACAUAAAAUGCUUCAAGUGUCAUAAUAACGGUCACUACGCAAAUCGAUGCCCGGAGAAGAAGAAAGAGGAAGAGGCUCACCAUGUGUAUCUGGAAGAGUCCAAGGUGAUGCCGGCGCUCUACUUCGUUGAAGAGGGUGAUGAGGAGUCCAUGAAUAAUGUCUGGUACCUGGAUAAUGGCGCCAGCAACCAUAUGUCGGGGGUUCGACAGAUGUUCAGAGACAUUGAUCAUACUGUCUCUGGUAAGGCCAUGAAAAAAUUAGUUGACAAGGAGAUGGUUGGAGGAGUGCCAUUGAUACAAACAUCCAGAUCAGAUCAAGACCAUCAGAUGAUGUUCAAGAUGGAAUGCCAAGUGGAGAUACAAACACAACGAGGAGGCGGAAGCUUGAUGUGCAUCAGGCUUAGGGGGGAGUAUGUUGGUGUAAGCCAGCUGCACAAUGAAGUCUUGGAGGCUGCUCGUGAUGCUGGUGAAGCGGGAGAAGCAGCGUGUUUGAAUUCAAGAUGCAGCGGAAGCAGUUCUUGGAGCGGCGCGUUUUAUUCUAAACAAGUGUGUGUAAUGACUGCUGGUAUAAGUAGCCUAGAGUUCGAAGUCACCAACCUCACGGGCACAGUCCCGGAUGGUAUAGGAAGGCUGCGCCGCCUCAAGCUCCUUGACAUUGCCCACAAUGCCCUGUCAGGUGGCAUCCCUGCCACCAUAGGGAACCUCACAAAGCUUCAGAUUCUUGAUCUCAGCUUUAACCAGCUUUCUGGUCCCAUCCCAACAGAGCUACAAGGCUUGCGCGACCUUGGCCGCGUGAGUCUCCAAAUGAAUUACCUCAGUGGUUUCAUACCGAAUGACCUGUUCAACAAUACACCCUUGUUAACUUAUUUGAACCUCGGCAAUAACAGCCUGUCAGGAGUGAUACCAGAUUGCAUCGGCUCCUUGCUCACACUUGAGAUCCUUGUCCUGCAAUUCAACAAUCUUACGGGGCCGGUGCCGCCAGCCAUCUUCAACAUGUCUACCUUGAACGUUAUCGCUGUAUCCUCGAACCACUUGACUGGCCCUUUCCCGGAGAAUGGAAGUUUCAGCCUCCCAGCUUUGCAAUACAUUCAGCUCUCUGAUAAUAGUUUCAGUGGUACCAUUCCACAGGGGCUCUUGGCGUGUCGGCACCUCAUAGAGCUUUCUCUAGCAAAAAAUUCAUUUGAGGGUGUUGUGCCGGCAUGGCUAGGAAAGCUGACCAAUCUCCAGUUCAUUAACGUGGGCUGGAAUGACCUCACUGGUCCGAUCCCUGCUCAACUCAGCAACCUCACCGGGCUAACUGUCAUGGAAAUCGCCUUUUGCAAUCUGACAGGAAUCCUUCCGGCAGAGCUUGGACGGCUAGGCCAACUUUCCGAACUUCUCCAAGGUGAUCUUAGUUUUCUUUCUGUUAUUUCCAACUGUAGAAUGCUCUCAGACUUUGAAAUCUAUUCGAAUUAUUUCACUGGAAGCAUCCCAGGUUAUUUGGGCAACCUGUCAAGUCAGCUCCAAAUAUUUCUUGCUAAUGACAACAAGUUAACUGGUGAAAUUCCAGCUGCCAUCUCGAACUUAACUGCUCUCACUGUGCUAGAUAUUUCGUCAAACCAAUUUCAUAGUGCAAUUCCAGGACAACUGAUGAUGCUAGAGAAUCUCUACUGGCUCAAACUCAGUAGAAACAGCUUGUCUGGCUCCAUCCCUUCAAACAUUGCAAUGCUAAAGAAUGUGGUCAAGUUAUUCCUUCCAAGCAACCAAUUCUCCGGCGCCAUACCCAAGGGCAUCGGCAACCUCAGCAAACUAGAGUUCCUAGUGUUAUCAAACAACCAAUUAACAUCGACUGUACCACCGAGCCUGUUUCACCUUGAUAGCCUCAUCAGGCUAGACCUAUCUCAAAACUUGUUGAGUGGUGUGUUACCGGUUGAUACAGGCUAUAUGAAGCAAAUUUAUAUGAUGGAUCUAUCUAUCAAUAACUUUGUUGGUAGCCUCCCAGAUUCAAUGGGACAGCUCCAGAUGAUGGCCUACUUGAACCUGUCACACAAUUCAUUCAACGAUUCAAUUCCACAAUCUUUUCAGAAACUGGCCAGCCUGCAAAAUUUGGACCUAUCCCAUAAUGGUAUAUCUGGAACCAUCCCAGAGUACUUGUCAAAUUUUACCAUCCUCAUUAUCUUGAACCUAUCUUACAAUAAAUUACACGGUCAGAUACCAGAAGGUGGCGUGUUCUCAAACAUCACGCUGCAAUCACUUAUGGGGAACGCAGGGCUCUGUGGUGCUUCACGCUUGGGAUUGCCACCAUGUUCAGCCAAGUCUCACACAACCAGUGGUCAUGGUCACAAGAUGAGAUUUUUGCUCCCCACUAUAAUCAUAAUAAUACUUGCAGCUCUGGCUUGCUUCCUAUACAUUAUGUUCAGAAAGAAAGUCAAUAAGCGUGAAGAGAUUUCUGCUUGUAUGGUCGACAUGAUCAGCCAUCAGUUAGUCUCCUACCAUGAGCUUGUUCGUGCUACUGACAAUUUCAGUGAUGAUAACAUGCUGGGGUCUGGAAGCUUUGGGAAAGUUUUUAAGGGACAGCUGAGCAACGGUGUGGUGGUUGCAAUAAAAGUUAUACACGCGCAUCUGGAUUAUGCCAUGAGAAGCUUUGACGCCGAGUGCAGUGUGCUCCGAAUGGCACGACAUCGCAAUCUGAUAAAGGUUCUGAAUACAUGUUCCAACCUGGACUUCAGAGCACUUGUUCUUCAGUUCAUGCCCAACGGUAGCUUAGAGGCACUCCUGCACUCUGAAGGUAGAAGGCACCUGGGGCUCCUUGAGAGGCUGGACAUCAUGCUGGGCGUGGCGGCAGCAAUGGAGUAUCUGCACCAUGAGCACUCCGAGGUGGUCUUGCACUGUGACCUGAAGCCUAGCAACGUCCUCUUUGACGAGGACAUGACCGCACAUGUGGCAGACUUUGGCAUUUCAAGGUUGCUGCUAGGCGAUGAUAGCUCCAUGAUCUCUGCGAGCAUGCCAGGGACAAUUGGUUACAUGGCACCAGAGUAUGGAUCUCUUGGAAAAGCAUCGCGGAAGAGCGACGUGUUCAGCUAUGGGAUCAUGCUGCUUGAAGUGUUCACUGGGAAGAGACCCACGGAUGCCAUGUUUCUGGGAGAGCUAAGCAUCAGGCAGUGGGUACAUCAGGCGUUUCCUGCAGAGCUUGUCAAUGUUGUCGACAACCAGCUUCUGCUGGAUGGCUGUGGCUCUGCUUCUACAAAUAUUAUGAGUGGUUUUCUUGUGCCAAUUUUCAAGCUGAGCUUGGUCUGCUCCACUGACUCGCCGGAGCAAAGGAUGGCUAUGACCGAAGUGGCAGUGACGCUGAAAAAAAUCAGAAAUGAUUAUGUCAAGUCAACAGCACCGGAGCAUUGCGUUGCAAUCGAUCACCAUUAG